AGAUAACGGGUGAAACAGUUUGGAAGGAAAGGUCUGUAACCAAUAUGCAUCAAAGGAAGGCUGAAAUGGCCAGCAAUUCUGAUUGUUUUAAGGCAUUACCAGGAGGGUAUGGAACUCUUGAAGAGUUGUUCCAUGACAAACCUGUGAGAGAGCAUAUUAUGAUACUGAUAAACCCACCAAGUGAUAACUGAUCAGAUUCAUCAAAAUCUUGUGCUUGAAGUUUCUAACUUUUUAAAAAAAUUCAGGUGGGUUUGCUCAAUUUCGAUGGCUUCUACAUUCCUUCCUCUCCUUUAUUCACACUGACACUGCCGUGGAUGAUGGUUUUAAAGUUACAGUGUAUGAGGUUUAGGUUUGAUUUCGGAAUAAUGAUUUGUACGUGUAUGGUUUUUCUAUUUUGCUUUCUCAACUCACAGUGCGAACUGGAACUUUCGCGCGCCAUUUCAGUCACAUUGGUAAGAUGAUCGACUUAACCCUGUCCCCUAGCCUGAUAUACGAAUAUUAUUGAUUUGACAACAGAUAAUAUUGAUGCUUGAUUACUUAGCUUGUACCUGAAGCUGUGUUAGCAGCAGCGAAUAGU